AAUCCUCGCCCCGUUAUAGUGACCGCCAGUCAAGUUUAGAUUUGCGGCAUGGCAUUUGUUUAUGAUGAAGCAGCGUGUGCCAGUGUAGAGCAGCAGGAGGCAGAGGCAGCGGUCAGCCUUCCUAUUUUCACCACUGCUGCAAGAUGGACCGCCAGCUUGUAACUCAGGGAGCUGAAGGACGUGUGUAUGUCGCUGACUGGCUGGGUCACUCAGUUAUCAUCAAGCAGAGGUUUCCCAAGAAGUAUCGUCAUGUCGAUUUAGACACUCACAUAACCCAAGAACGCAUUAAAGCAGAAGCCCGAGCCCUCACCAGAUGCCGUUCUUUAGGCAUCAAAACUCCAGCUGUAUAUGAUAUUAAUUUUGAUAAAAGGGAAAUAGUUUUGGAGAAUAUUACAAAUAGCAUUACUGUUAGAAAUUACAUCUAUGCAGCUGUUGAGAGAGAUCUUUCAAUGGACAAUAGUGAAAUUUUGAGCUUAGCAGAGAAAAUAGGAAAAGUACUGGCUAAGAUGCACUCUAACCACAUUAUUCAUGGAGAUCUCACCACAUCUAACAUGUUGCUUGUAAAACCAUAUGAGUCAUCUGAGGUGAUUCUGAUUGACUUUGGUUUAAGUUCAGUUGAGGAGCGGCCAGAAGACAAGGCUGUGGAUCUGUAUGUGUUGGAGCGAGCCAUCCUCAGCACUCACCCCAAUACAGAGGCUUUUGUUUCAUGUUGUCUUUCUGCUUAUAAGAAAGUAGGUGGUAAUGCUGCCGAAGUUGUCAAGCGCCUUGAUGAAGUUCGUACCAGAGGAAGGAAAAAGUUAUGUUUUGGUUGAAGAUUCUAUAGAUUGUGAUUUUAUACAUCUAACUAUUUUAUUAUAUCUAACUAGCUACUGCCACUAUUAAUGUGUAUUUUGUUGCUUAUUACAUUCAUAUAAUUUGUGUCAAUUAAUUAUCAAAUUAUUGUAAAAAAGUUUUGUAUCCUAAUUGAAUUUUAUUAAAAUCUUAAAGAAGGCAUUAGUGUUAGUAUAUGUACUCUACUUGAGUACCAAUAAAGAAAGGAUUGAGAUGUGUUAAUGUAAAAGAAUUUAACCUUCAUAAUGAUUUACAUUGUUGUUUAAUUGAAAUAUGUAAUUAUCUGAAUAUUAAAAUAUGUUUCAAAGAACGUCUGCAGUGGAUUUGCACAGCAGGCAUCAGAUAUCUGCUAAGUUAUGGGUAAGAUUAGUGCUAUAGAGAUUUUGAGAAGGAAUUUGUGGGAGUGAGGUCUUCAGUACAAAUUGUCUGUAACCAAUCCUGUUCUUAUAUUUACUGGAAAAGAAAUUUGGAAGUCCA